AUGUCAUUGUUAGAAAUUUUAGAAAAGGCUCAAUCGCUUGGUUUGAGUGGAGACCUUGCUCACGAGUUGAUUGAAAAACAGCAUCAGGCUGAGAGGGAAGAGCGCGCUGCUGAGCGAGAGGUUAAAAGAAUGGAACUUGAGUAUGCUGAGGCUGAGAGGCGCCGAGCGCAUGAGCUUGAACUCGCUAAAAUCCAGUCAGGCCCUAAUGGUAAUUAUAGCAACACUAAUGCUCAUAUGUUUGAAGGGCUCAGACUGCCUACUUUUGCUGACGGCCAGGAUGACCUAGAUAGCUAUUUGCAGCGGUUUGAACGCCUGGCGGAAUUACACGGGUGGAAGGUUGAAGAUUACCAUGUUUACCUGGGUACUUGUUUACGGGGUCAAGCACUUAAAGUUUACAUAUCUUUGCCAGAUGACAUCGUUAAAGAUUGUUCUCGCUUAAAAGAGGCUUUGUUGAGGGCUUAUUCUGUAGAUGCCGAUUCUUAUCGACGUAAAUUUCGAGAGAGCAGAUGUAAAGAUAAGGAGACGUAUGUCCAGUUGGUGAUUAGAAUGGAGCAGUACCUCGAUAGAUGGAUAACUAUGAGUAACGUUGAGAAGAAAUACGAUAGUCUGUUUGAUUUUCUGGUUAGGGAGCAAUUAUUAAGUAAUUGCAGUUCUGAUCUUCGUGUAUUUCUGAAGGAGAGAGGCUGUGAAACAGCGGUGGAAAUGGCAGAAGCCGCCGAUAGGUACCGUAGUGCACACGGAUAUCGCUUAAGUAAAUUUUCAAGGUCAGUGUCUAAACAGUCUACACAUGUUGAAAGUGAAAUUCAGUGUCAUGGAUGUGGAAAAUCGGGUCAUAUAAGACCUAAUUGUCCUAACAAUCCUAAGAACUUUAAAACUAAGAGUGAAUCCAGGGUAAAUUUUGUAUUUCGUUCCGAAAUUAAACCUCGGAAUGCAAUAAUUGAUAAUGGGAAGCUGUUUGAUAAACCAGCAGAUAUAUUGCUCGACACGGGUUGUUCCUCCGUAAUUGUGAAUGAAAAGUUGGUACCAUCUAGAUUCAAAUUGGGUCCUUUAGUUAAAGUGUAUGAUUAUCUUGGCAUUCCAAAUUCAUUCCCUAAAGUGAGAUGUUUUAUUAAAAGUAAAUUUUUCACAGGGUGGAUCAGUGCGGUUGCAGCACCAAUCAAAUUUACAGAUGUACUAAUCGGACUCGUUCCAGGUGUGAAACUACCUGGGAAGCAUGAUCCUUCCUCGGUUGGUUAUGACAGCAGUGAAGACACCGCUCCUGAUCCCAACUGUCCGCAAACUAACCCUACCCCAUUCGCUGUUACCGAGGUAGGGGAUGUUCAGUUUGGGCACGACAGAUCUCGCGACGUUAGUACUCCUACGGUUGCUAUGGCUGUUAAAACUCGCUCAUCUGAGUCAAAAUCUACCACGACACUAGCUUGCCCUGAAUUUUUACACCUAAAUAUAACUAAAAGUAAUCUAAAAGAGGAACAACAAAACUGUCCAAGUCUAAAAAGCAUAAGAGAGAAAGUUAAAACCAGUGAAAAUGUAAAUGUAAAAUCUAGAACUAUAAAAUAUGAGCUUGUCAAUGACCUCAUCUACAGGGUGUGUUUAAAAAGCAAACAUGCAUAUGAAAUCGGUAACAAGCAACUGGUGAUUCCUGAGAAGUAUCGGAUUCACGUACUGAAUCUCGCUCACGAUUCCCUUACAGCUGGUCAUUUCUCACACCGAAAGACGAGUUACAAAAUAUUUUCAAAGUUCUUUUGGCCCGGUGCAGGUGCUCAGAUUAAAAGAUAUUGUCGAUCAUGUCCGACUUGUCAAAAAUUUUCAGCUAAAGGAAGUGUGAGAAGGGUACCGAUGAAAAACCUCCCCAUAAUUUCAGAACCAUUCUCGCGCGUAGCUAUAGACUUAGUGGGUCCUUUUACACCAGCUUCUGAGAGAGGAAAUAAGUAUGUUCUCACUCUAAUAGACUAUGCAACUAGGUAUCCCGAAGCUAUUGCCUUACAAAAUAUUGACACGAUCACAGUAGCUGAAAGUUUAGUAGAAAUCUUCUCGCGAGUCGGUAUACCGAGGGAAAUCUUAUCAGAUCGAGGGUCUCAAUUUAAGUCAGAUCUAAUGGGUGAAAUCCAUAGAUUACUAUCUGUAAAAGCCUUGUACACGAGUCCCUACCAUGCUUCGGUAAUGGUGCAGUUGAAAGGUUAA